AGAGCGAUCGGCGAGGUGGUGUGUAGUGUGUGGUAUAUCCCUACCGAGAGGACGUUGGGAUCGGGAUCACGGAUCGCCGGGGGUGCUUCCUCGAUGAACGGCGAUGAGGCUUGACGUAACUUUGCCGAUGAGCAUUGGGGGCCCGAGGCUCUGGUUCCUGUCCGUCCCGUCAGGCGUCCUGUUCCUCGUGCUAUCCGUGUGGGUUCCGGCUAUCCAGUCUCACUCGGCCGAGUGGCUUGUGCUCCCGGGGCGACGUUCACAGGCAAGAUGCUCGAGCCUGAGGUGGUGUUCGACCAUAGCUCCAGCCACCGGCGCCUAUCUCGCUCCUUCCCACCUCUGCAUCCUUCCAUCCUUCCAUCCUGGGGCUCCUCUCAGCCUCAACUGAUUUAUCCGGCCUCGCUUAACCUUACUUAUACCUCCCCAGCGUCGUU